GUCACCAUUUAUUUCUUCCAUCUCACCCUCACUUUCAAUUCUCUCUCUCUCUCUCUCUCUCUCUCUCUCUCUCUUGUUUGACUUGCAGGUCCUUCCCUCCGGAAGAGGUAAAUCACAGAGAGUCAGCCUCUCAAGCCUUUGCUCAUAUCUGCCAUAUCCACACAAGCACAAAGACCCUGGCUUUUCUAGAGAGAGAGAGAGACUGCAAAAAUUUUGAUGGGAAUCUAGAGAUUUUCUUGAAAAGUUUUCCCUCAAGAAACCAUGGAUUGGGUACUCCAUGAACCGUCAUCAUCAUCUUCUUCUUCUUCCUCUCAACGAUCCUACUUUCUCCUCCAGCAACCACCACCACCUCCCACUUCUUCUCACUCGGGUGACUUGAGCUUGAGCAACAGUGUCAGCCCGAGCAUCCUCCUGAUCAUCAUCAUCCUCGCGAUCAUCUUCUUCGUGUCCGGCCUCCUCCACCUCCUGGUGAGGUUCCUCAUGCGGCCACCCAGUACGGUCAGAGACCAGGAGGACCCCGACGGCGUCACCGCCCUUCAAGGCCAGCUCCAGCAGCUCUUCCACCUCCACGACGCGGGGGUCGACCAGUCCUUCAUCGACGCCCUCCCUGUCUUCUUCUACAAAGCCAUCAUCGGGCUCAAGAACCCCUUCGACUGCGCGGUGUGCCUCUGUGAGUUUGAGCCUGAGGACAAGCUGAGACUGCUUCCCAAGUGUAGUCAUGCCUUUCACAUGGAGUGCAUAGACACUUGGCUCUUGUCCCACUCCACUUGCCCUCUGUGCAGAGCCAAUUUGCUGCCUGAUUUCUCUCCUGCCCACAUUGGUUCUCCCAUUGUUCUCGUUCUUGAAUCCGGGAGAGAGAGCUCGAGGGAGCUCGUCGGCCGCGCAAAUUCCGGCCUUGGAAGGGCUAACUCGGCAUUUAGGACCGAUUCCCAUCUGGGUUUUUGCGGAGGGUCUGAAUUGGGCUCGGUCCGCUUUGAAUUGCCAGGGAAAUCAGGCGAAUUUGACACCAAAGAUGAAGACAGCCUAUCGGUGGUGGCAGGCUCAGGCGAGCGGGUCGUGCCGGUGAAGCUCGGGAAGUUUAGGAAUGUGGAGGAUGGUGAAGGGAGUAGUAGCAGCAUAACCUGCAAUGUGGACUCUAGGAGGUGCUUCUCAAUGGGAUCCUUUGCUUAUGUGAUGGAUGAGGCUUCCACAUUGCAAGUGCCCAUCACGACCCCGGAGAAGAAGCAAUCCAGCAAGAAGCCUCACUUGCCACUGACUCCAGGGCACCGGCUGGCGAUGUCGGAAUGCGGGUCCGAGUCAAGGAGAGAGUUUGUUGGCUUCGAAGGGAUCAAGAAUUUGAAUCCCAAUGGCAAAGUCAAUAAUCCUCACGAGAGGAAUGAGAACAACGGAUCGAGCAUCCGGAAAGAGAGCUUCUCCAUAUCGAAGAUCUGGCUACGAGGGAAGAGGGAGAAGGCGAACCACCCGGGGGCCGAGGACUCAUCGAGGCGGGCGAUCUCUUUCCGGUUUCCGAUUAACCGGAAUGUGGCGGUGGGUGGGAGCGAUCUGAAAGACAAAAAAGAAACUGGGACUGAAAUUGGGAGGUGGGAAAAUGGAGGGACUGAGUUGGGUCAUGAUGAGGAGAUGGAGAGCUGCAACAGUUUGGAUUCUCUGGCUAACAAUCCACCAUCGUUUACAAGGAGGACCCUGCUUUGGCUCAUGGGAAGACAGAACAGGGUUGGACACUCAUCUUCCUCAACAGACGUCUAGUCUUCUUGCAAAAUUCCCCAUUCAAAAAACUUUUUUUUUUUCCUGAUUUCAGGUUUUCUUUUUUUGACCUUUGCUUCACUUUGAUCUCUUCAUUGUGGGAGGGCUGAAAAAAUUGGAAUUUUGUCUCAGAGAGCUAAACAGAACAGAAGAAGAAGAAGAAGAAGAAGAAGAAGAAAGUUCCAUUAGAACAAUCUGAAUACAGAACUAAGAGUUUUCACUUCAGAACAGUGUUACUUGGGCCAUAUCAGUACAUGGAGUGUGAUUUGAUUCCCUGUCAAAGUCCUUUGCUUUUGCUUCCUCUGCUCUAGCUUUUGUUCAGUAUCACCAUUCUCAGACUGAAUUAGAUCGAUCAGAGAAUUCAUACAUCGAGCUUUUUUGCUUUAGAAUGAAGAAUCAAA